AUGCCAAUGCGUUACACUUUGAACUUGCAAUUUCCCCUAGGGCAUCAUGCGCGUUUGUGCAGCAGACAGCAAAAAGAUGAGGAAAGCUCACUCAUUGCUAGCUGCAAAAUGGAAUUCGAUAGCAUCACCCUCCCACAGCAGCCAGUUUGUCUAACUUCCAUCCUCAAGAAGCAAAUUGCGUUGGUGGAGGCAUUUGGCAUCCGCGAUGACUACGUCUUCGAUUUGCCGAUGGCACUGGACUUAGCGUUGUCCUGGGUCUCGCAGUCCAGUGUACGAAACUGCAUCACUCACGUCUCCCGAAGCAAUAGAACAGGCCUCACAAAAUCCUGCAUAAGCGGUGCCACUUCGUCACAGGCUUACUUAACCGAUUUCCUGACUGAGGAGUUGUGA